GAGAGACACUCAGGAAGUUAACAGGGGAAGUUUAGUGGUUUCUUGCGUCAUCAUUUUAUGCUGCUACUUGUGUGCCGAUGCAGAGUGAAGGGUGGAAGACAAACUAAAGUAUGUCCUAACACUCCAGCUUUGACAUAUCAACUCCAGUGCAACACAGCUUACAGAGGAAACAACCUGCACCCAGCAACAUGCACUGAAGCAAAGGAAACAGAAGCAGCAGCACGGUCAAAUCUGUGAAAUGUGCAGAGCCUCUACAAAGUCAGUGUCACGUUAACUGAGUUGGGCAACACAUCCAGCAGCCACACAGACAGUCAGUCGGUCUGACGGUAACAACCAGAGCAGCUCGGGCAGGUCUGAAUGUGAGGUGAUACAGCAGAGAGGAAGAGAUGCGGAGGGUUCGGAGAAAAGGAGGGAACAAAGAGAAGGUGUUUGGAUGUGAUCUGCUGGAGCACCUAACUGCCUCCUCUCACGAGGUUCCUCAGGUGUUGCAAUGUUGCAGUGAGUUUGUUGAGAAAAAUGGAAUCGUGGAUGGCAUCUACAGGUUGUCUGGAGUGUCGUCCAACAUACAGAAACUGAGGGGUGAGUUCGAGAGUGACGGGAGUCCAGAUCUGAACAAGGAUGUGUACCUGCAGGACAUCCACUGUGUCAGCUCUCUGUGCAAAGCUUAUUUCAGGGAGCUGCCAAACCCUCUGCUCACAUACCAGCUGUAUGACAAGUUUGCCGAGGCUGUGGCCAUUCAGCUAGAGGAGGAGAGGCUUGUAAAGAUCAGAGAUGUGCUGAAAGAACUACCAGCACCACAUUACAGGACUCUGGAGUUUCUGAUGCGCCAUCUUGUCAAAAUGGCUUCAUAUUCCUCAGAGACCAACAUGCACUCCAGGAACUUGGCCAUCGUCUGGGCCCCCAAUCUGCUCAGGUCAAAGGAUAUUGAGGCGUCUGGGUUUAAUGGUACAGCAGCCUUCAUGGAGGUCAGGGUCCAGUCCAUCGUGGUGGAGUUCAUCCUCACACACGUCCCUCAGCUGUUUCCUGACCCAGGUGUAUCUAGUGAGAGGAGGAAGUCUCUCCCCUCCCCGUCAGCAAUGCCCAGUCAGGACGAAGGAUUUUUCAGGUCGGCUCCUUCUCAGUCUAUCCCCCACUUUGGCAACAUCAGCCCAGGAGAUGGUCCUCUAGCGAUAAGACCUUACCAUGCUAUCAUCGAAGGCACUGACAAGAGGAAAGGAUCUCUUAAAGGCAGGAAGUGGAUGUCCAUCUUCAACAUCGGGGGGCGAUUCCCUGAUCCACGGCGGAGGCACAAACACUCAUCCAAAGAGAAAGAGAGACCUGCGUUGAGACCAGCAAGAAGCAUGGACUCCCUCAGCACCCCUCCCUAUCCAAAUGAAGGUACCAGACGCACUGCUCAGCGCCCUCCUUCCACCAACAUGUCUCCCCUCGUCACCCCCUCCCCACAGCCUGGCUCCGAGGCCACGACCGGUGCAAUAGGUGGCAGUGAAUACGCUGUAACCUACCGCAGGGGAACAGGGUUAGUAAGCGGUGGUGCAGGGACUCAGGGCACUUACACUUCUCUUGACCCUGAAGGUUUAGGAGUUACAGGCAACGAGACUCUACAGUCUAGAUCCCCAGGAGUCUCCACUAAAGUAGGACGAAGAGCAGCCAUGCACAUAACGGGGCCCACCAUGGUUACUGUGCCCCUGCACAUCACCUCUAACUUGGCAUUAGGGGUGCUGCAAGGGGGUGGGGGUGACAGAGUUAUCCACCGCAGCAGGGAUAAGGAUGUAGGGGACAGGGUGGAGGGUAAGGAGGCGGAGAGGAAGGAGAGCAGAGAAAUGGAAAGGAACGUGGAAGAAAGCAGGAAGGUUGAGAAAGAGGAGAAGAAUCACAGUGGGAAAGUGACAGAUGGGGAAGGAGUCAUGGAGGCAGAAGCGAAUACAGUGACAGGUGGUGAUGGUGAGGAAGAGAAGGAGAAGGAGGAGGAGGCGAGAGAAGAAUGUAGACGGAAGCCAGAGGAGGUGGUGGGGGGUCAAGUUGUGUUCAGACAGCAACGAGCCAAAAGCCGGACCUCCAACGCUGAGGAAGAUAACGCUGUCGAUGAUGACAAGGAUUUUGGUGACUACAUGGUAAUGAAAGGGGUGGAGUCAGCUGACUGUCAGCCAAAGGAGACUCAGCCUGCUCAUGAUGUCCUCAACUCGACUGAGGUGGAAGGGGACAACCAGGAGCUGUCCGGCUACGUUCAAGAUAACUUUGAAUUCCUGGACCAAAUGGACUGCAGCGUCCUGGACCACAUGGACUGCAGUGUCUCCUACCAGGUAAACGAGUUCUCCGUUGAACCUCCUGGUCACUCAGAUGAUGAGUAUGAAGUUAUGGCACAAGCUUCCCAUCAUCCUGCUGAGCCACCUCUGCAUCCAAGCCCUGAAACACGAACCCGGAGCCAGACAGAGUUAAAUCCACACAGGCCGCUCAGUAUUGACCGACACACUAAAUCCCUCAGCUUGCCUUACAUGACCUCACCUGUCCAUGGAUUGGAGGAGUCCUGCUCUGAAGAUGAGGCUGUAGUGGACGACAGUGAUGAUGAUGAUUAUAAUAGUGAGGAAGAUGAGAUGUUUUAUAAAAGCCUUCCCGCUGAUGUCUUUUUAAGCGAUUUGACCUUUGAACCAGACACUGAGAAACUGGACAGUUGCACUCUCGGUGGAGUUUCUGUACAUCAGGCGCAGAGCUCUGAGGACAGAGAACACCAGACACUGAACCUUGAAAAUUCUGCAAGUAAAGAAUUGACUGCUGGUGAUCAGGAACAGGGGGAAGUGAAAGAAAAAGAAGAUAAAGAUGGACUGGAAGAAAAUGAGAUAAAGGAGGAAGAGGAAGAUGAGCAGGGAAGAGACCAACUGGAAGAAAAUUGGCAAAGCCAAGCAACAGAGGAAGACAUGAUGGAGGAUAGUCAAAGUGACAAAGAACAACCUCCAGAGGCAUCAGGACACUGCUGCACUGACUUUCCACUGCCGAGCGAUGAUAAAUCAAGUGCUGUGGCUGACAUGACGGUCAAGGAGGAGGCAGACAUGUUGGACAGUUAUCACAUUGAUUACCCAACUUCUCAGGAAGGUUCUUGUGCUACACAGAAAGAAACUGAGGACAUUUUUUUAGAGGAGUUCAGAGACUUUUCUGUAAGGGCGACAGAACAGCCCAGAAUUUGUGAUAUAAAAGAGAGAGAAAGGGAAAUAUACCAAGAGACAGAAGACAUGUGUCAAGAAAUAGAUCUGCAAAUGAUAAAUAGUACUGAGAACAUGUGGGAGGGAACCACUGGGGAGGGCAAUGAGGUGAUAGCUGAAGAAAAACAUGAAGAAAAGAUACAGGGAGACGAAAAAGAGCAGGAUAGUCCAAUUUGUGGGACAAACAGGGAGAUUUGGGUUGAACUUGAGGAGGUUAUAUGUGAAGUGAUAGAGUAUGAGGAAAGUAAGCAGAAAGAGAAGGAGGGUGAAAAAGAAAGGGUUGCUGGGGAUGAAGAUAUGAUCGAAGAUGUCAGAGUUGGAGAGGAGGAAGAGGAGGUUGCAAAUGUUUCAGGAGAGAAAAUGGUGGAAGUUGACGGAGGGAAAUAUGAGACAGAAGUAAGGGAAGAGGUAGUGGAGGAAUCAAUGAGGACGACUGAAGAAAAGCUCACAGAGCCAGAGAUGCAGCAAGAGGACAAAGAGGAAAACUUACCAAAUAUGAAUGAACCAGAAGAAGCAAUUCAAGGGAAGCAUGCCAUCAGUGACGGAGCACAGCAUCAUGGUAGAGAAGAAGAAAAAGAAAAAGAGAACUAUGACAUAGAAAGAGCUGAUAAGCAACAUCAAACACCAGCAAGGGUAGAUAAACAACAAAAAGAGGGCAGGUGUGAUAUGAAGGAAGUGAAAGAAGGCAGAAAGUGUGAGGAAAGUGACAGCAGCCAAGGAGGAGUGGGAAGGAAGCUGGUCAUCUCCAAACAUCCGAGGGUUUACCAAGUAAAAGCUGUCCCGGUCGUGCCUCCGAAGCCGCAGCACUGCAAAAUCACCGCCCUGACCCUCAGACAGCAGCAGCAGCAAAGAGAGAAAAGAGACGCCGACAGAGUGAGAGAAAACACAAGUCCAAGAGUCCCAACUGAGCAGGACAGAGCCUGUGCAGGAGACAGCGAAGAUGAGGGCAGGAGGAUAAAGGAGAAGCCUACACUCAGGGGAGGGGAGAAAGGAGAGAGGGAAAGGAGGAGGGAUGGAGAGGAAAGUGCCUCGAGGGACUCGAGCAGAAACAGUCCCCUCAGCAUGUGUUUUGACGAGGCUGUUGCCAUAGCAACCAUGAAGCGAGAAAAGGAGAAAGAGUGCGAGAAGGAGAAGGACAGGCAGAGGGAUUGGGGAUACGAAGUACAGUGAAGUUUUUUUUUUAAAUCUGUAUAUUGAUUUAAAGUAAUUUGGCUGUACAAACUAUUUUUCUACAUGUAGCAUACAGAGCUGUAUUUUUCUGUCAGUAUAAAUUGCAGUAUUGUCUAUGCAAUGCUACGAAAGAUGAUGAGGUGGGUUUUCUACCACACACAAACUUGAUGUGCAGCCAGGAAACUAGUAGGUUUUUUAAAAGUAUUUUUCAGAGGAGGAAUUUUCCCCUCUAGUUGAGAUAGAUAGCUGUGGAGAGCUGACAGGGAUGAGGGGAAAGAGGAUGGGGACCAACAUGAAACAAAGGUCCCCACCUGGAUGGACUCGAACCAGACGAUGCUAUUACGUGGUCAGCACGUUAAACCCAUAGGUCACCAGGAUACCCCAUCAGCAAGUCAAUAACUGAACAGGUGCAAUUGUGCUACCUGAUAUUGUGUUAAAUAAAACUGAAAGAGAACAACAAAGAAGGGAUUAAAGGAGAAGUGCUGCUGAGAGAUGUUAAGGAUGAAAUAUUACAUGCACAACCUUGAACUUUCCAUCGAAUUUAAGAUCCCACUCAAUUUUGAUCAAAAGUUAAAACAUUAGCUUUAAAGCUCUUUGUGCACUAGUCGUCCAAUUUUACAAUUGUUUGUAGUUAUAUGAAGUAUUUUUAUGUACACAGUAUAUGUAAAAAUAAAAGGUUGGCAAGUAUAUGGUUAAAUGGUAGAUUUAAAAGAGCAGGGAUAAUGAAUGGAAUGUAUCAUUUAUGAAAAUUAUAAUGUCUGCAAAACUUAUUUUUGGGAUUAUGUGAAUAAAAAGAUGUUUCCAAGUC